CAGGUGGUCCUGCUGUCAGCUGCUGGCUCUUUGGAUUUUUAGUAGUUUCUUUAUUCGUUGUCUGAUUUUAGUUCUAGUUUUUUGUUCCUUUAUUUUCUGAUUCUUGUGUUUUGGAACCUGGAGGCAAAUGAGCGGUUUGUAAAUUGGCAGAUAAAUCAUUUCAGCAGAUCUGCAGAGGCUGAAGGAAGAAACCAGGAGCAAGAUGAAGAAAUGGCUUCAGUUCAUCGCAGCUGCAUCAGUUCUGUGUGGGGUCUCCUCGCUCCCUCAGGGUGGWCUUUAUUUCAUCAACCAGCUGAAGACCUGGACUGAAGCUCAGAGCUUCUGCAGACAGAACUACAUGGACCUGGUGACUCUGGACCGAGCCGAGGACAUGACGGUUCUGAAAGACAUGGUGGACCUGAACACCACGGUCCUCAAUGAAACCAAUCAUCGGGCCUGGAUCGGACUCUAUGACUCUGUGACCAGCUGGAGGUGGUUGUUUUCAAACACCAGUUUCUAUAUAAGCAGUGGGACCGGGUUUAGAAACUGGUCUCCUGGAGAACCAAACAACCGGUACCAUGCAGAACCCUGUGUGGUGAUGUUUGAUAAUGGACUCUGGGCCGACACAAGAUGUGGUUCAUUCUUCCAACCAAUCUGCUCCACAGUCAGCGGAGACCAGGUGACUUUUGUUUUCAUCGACACCAUCAUGACAUGGCCUGCAGCUCAGAGCUACUGCAGAGAACAUCACACGGACCUGGCCAGCGUGAGGAACGAGACGGAGAACCAGAUGAUCAAGCAGCUGGUGCCACAAGGACAGAAAGCCUGGCUCGGUCUCUACAGAGACUCCUGGAUGUGGGUGGAUGGAAGGAAGCUCCUGUUCAGCAGCUGGGCAGCAGGAGAACCCRACAACGUCCAAGUGAACUGUGUCGCUGCCUGCUUAGAGGAUAAYGGAGGCUGGGAGAACUGGAGCUGCAGCAGCAAGAUGCCUUUCUUCUGCUACAAGGCUCCUUUUUCUAAACGACUGAUGAAGCUGAAGCUGCUGAGUCCAAAAGUUCUGGACCUCAAUGACCCGGACACACUGGAAGAACUUCUGAUGGAGUUCAGACAGAAGCUGAUGGACGGGGGACGGACUGAAGAUGUCCAACUGAGCUGGAGGACACAGUCAGAUGGGAAGAUUUUCCACAAAGAUGACUUUCUGUGUGGCGUCUCCUCGCUCCCUCAGGGUGGUCUUUAUUUCAUCAACCAGCUGAAGACCUGGACUGAAGCUCGGAGCUUCUGCAGACAGAACUACAUGGACCUGGUGUCUCUGGACAGAAAUGAGGACAUGACGGUUCUGAAAGACAUGGUGGACCUGGACAGCAUGGUCUCCAACAUAAGCUUAACACAUCGGGCCUGGAUUGGACUCUAUGAUGAUGUGAACGGCUGGAAGUGGUCCCUGUCUGAUGGGAAUUUCUACAAAACCGGAGAGACGGCUUUCAGAAACUGGUCCUCCGGAGAACCAAACAACUUCCGGCUGUCAGAGUUCUGUGUGGGGAUGUUCAGCACCGGACAGUGGAACGACAUGGACUGUCGUUUGUCCCUCACAGCAGUCUGCUCCAACGUCAGCGGACAGGAUGUGUCGUUUUUCUUCAUCAACCAAACCAUGAGCUGGUCUGAAGCUCAGAGCUACUGCAGAGAACAUCACACGGACCUGGCCAGCGUCAGGAACACGGAGGAGAACGAGAGGAUCAGGCAGCUGGUGCCCACGAAAAGGUUCACCUGGAUCGGUCUCCACAGAGACUCCUGGAAGUGGGUGGAUGGAAGGAAGCUKCUGCUGAACAACUGGAGAGCAGGAGAACCCAACAGUGCGCAGGAGAACUGUGCCAUAGCUUCGUUAGACGAUGGAGGCUGGGAGGACUGUCCCUGUGACUGGAGGAUGCCCUUCUUUUGUUACGCUCCUGUUUCAAAGAAAGUGGUGAAGCUAAAGGUGAGGAUGUCCUCUCAGGACCUGAACGACCCAGGUGUUCUGGCAGAUUUACUGAAGCAGUUCAAACAGAAGCUGAUGGACAACAGAGACGACAGAGACAUCAGGCUGAGCUGGAGGACAAAGAAUGAUGGAAAGAUCUUCCACAAGGACAGAUGA